ACAUAAAAGCUGCUUUCUUUCUGCGCACAACAAUCCAGCCAUCUCCCAUCCAUCUUCUCGACGACUUCACGUCUCCAUUCUUGCUUGUGCAACGUCUAUUCAACCACUUUGGAGCAAAGUCAUAUCUGCAAUGGCCACUCAGAUCACUCCCUCAAAAAAGGCUGCGUCUGCCAUUGAGAGCCUUAAGAUGGGCGACUCUCCCGUAAAGAAGCUGGACUUCUCUGUCGCGGACAAGGAGAACAGCGGCGUCGCUGUCCCAGUUGCUGGCAUUCCAGACACCGUGGAGUCCGCUGAGAAGACGGACGAGGCGGCCACUCCAGCAGUAGCUCCCACUAUCAAGCCCCAUGAAGCCAAUGAGCCAUUGCUUCAAGAGAAUCCCCAGCGCUUCGUGCUCUUCCCCAUCCAGCAUCACGAAGUCUGGCGCAUGUACAAGAAGGCAAUGGCAUCCUUCUGGACUGCAGAGGAGAUCGAUCUGUCCAAGGACAUUCCUGACUGGAACAACCGUCUUAACGAUGACGAGCGCUUCUUCAUCUCGCACAUCCUCGCCUUCUUCGCCGCGUCGGAUGGCAUCGUGAACGAGAACCUAGUCGAACGCUUCAGCGCAGAAGUACAGAUUCCAGAGGCACGCUGCUUCUACGGCUUCCAGAUUGCCAUGGAGAACAUUCACUCCGAGACGUACUCGCUGCUUAUCGACACGUACAUCAGCGAGCCAAAGCAGAGGACAUAUCUGUUCAAUGCCAUUGACAACAUUCCUUGCAUUCGCAAGAAGGCUGACUGGGCGCUCCGCUGGAUCUCUGACAGCAACUCCACCUUCGCCUCACGCCUCAUCGCCUUCGCUGCCGUGGAGGGCAUCUUCUUCUCUGGUGCCUUUGCUUCCAUCUUCUGGCUUAAGAAGCGAGGUCUCAUGCCGGGCUUGACCUUCUCCAACGAGCUCAUUUCACGCGACGAGGGUAUGCACACCGACUUCGCCUGCCUGCUCUUCAGCAUGAUUCAAAAUAAGCCGUCUCCAGAGUCGGUGCGUGCCAUCAUCACCGAGGCUGUCUCCAUCGAGAAAGAGUUCCUCACCGAAGCCCUGCCUUGCCGCCUGCUCGGUAUGAAUGCAGACCUUAUGUGCCAGUACAUUGAGUUUGUAGCAGACCGCUUGCUCAUGGCUCUCGGCAACACAAAGGUGUACAACGCGACGAACCCGUUCGACUUCAUGGAGAACAUCUCGCUGGCAGGCAAGACAAAUUUCUUCGAGAAGCGCGUUGGCGACUACCAGAAGGCCGGUGUCAUGGAGAACACCAACAAGCGCGAACAAGAGAAGAAAGGCGGUGCCGCCGUUGUCGAUGCCCCCAAAUUGAUCGUCGGCGACUUUGCCUUUGACGAGGACUUCUAGAAGUAUGAUACUGCAUGUUUUUUCCAUUUGCAUCUUGUGAGGUUUUUGGAUUUGGGGCUUUCUUGAGUGGGAUUGGCGUCUUGCAGGUUAUACCAUUUCACCUCUCUCUGUGUGUGUGCCUCUCUAUCCUCAUUGUAUAGCUCUGUCGCGCUUUGAAGAACGGCGCGUGGCGACUCAUUAUGCAUUUGUUACGGCGUUACGACGAUGUGGAGGAAAGCUUGGAUGCAAUUAUUGCCGUAUGUGUGUAUACGAAUUGUGGCAGGGUAGACUUCAAGCUUAUAUCCAUAAUGCAAAUACAAUCUUGAUCAAAGACCAAA